AUGUCUUCGGAUUUCUGGGCUGGUUAUAUCAGUGGUGCCGUGGGAAUCAUCAUUGGCAAUCCUCUGGAUGUGGUCAAGGUCCGACUACAAGCAGGCCAGCCUGGAGAUGCGUCUGGCCAAUCACAGCGAAGCCGUGUUGAGAGAGCCCGGUCACUGGUGCGAGGCGCCGCGGCUCCAAUUUUGGGCUAUGGAGCUCUCAAUGCGUUGCUGUUCGUUGCGUACAAUCGUUCAUUGAUGGCAAUGGAGAGCAGCCUUGUAGAUCCUACGAACCCUGAUGGUGUACCUCUAUACAAGAUUUGGAUUGCUGGCGCCGCAGGCGGUCUUGCCAGUUGGUCCAUCUCCUCCCCCACGGAAUUCAUCAAAUGUAGAGCGCAGCUGGACCCUCGUCCGGAAGUCUCCUCCUGGACUGUUGCCAAGGACAUCUAUCGCACCCGAGGCCUGCGUGGUCUCUACUAUGGGGGUGCAAUUACCAGUGCCCGCGAUUCCAUCGGUUAUGGCUUCUAUUUCUGGUCUUAUGAACUAUGCAAACGCUGGAUGACGUUUGAGAACGAAACGCCUCAUCAGACCGCGAUGAAGAUUCUCCUCUGUGGUGGCAUUGCUGGCAUUGUCACUUGGGGCUCGGUUUUUCCGCUGGAUAUGAUCAAAACUCGUUUGCAGGCUCAGACGAUGCAGGAACGAUCGCCGCUCUCCACAACUGCGGAGAAUCAGAGUCUUUUGCGGCCCUCUCGCACACACUUGAAUUCCGUCCAGCUUGCCCGUGAAGUUUAUCGGGCCGAGGGCGUGGGUGCGUUUUAUCGGGGCCUCGGGAUCUGCAGCAUUCGCGCCUUUAUCGUCAACGCUGUUCAGUGGGCUGCCUACGAAUGGUUAAUGAAGGCAUUCAACGGUGCCAGUGCGCCAGUAUCAAGCAGUGAUCGCGUACUUAGGGAGGCUUAA